AGUCGACAUUUCAGCUCGUUUCCUUACUGGUACGUCAAGGUUUCCUUUUCUUGCACUGCCUUAGAAUCGGCUUCAUCGAGUGAACCGGGAAUUUCCGCCGAACGCGUAGCGUUUUCCUCCCGCUUCUCGUACGCAAUAACCCAUCAUCCAGCCAUGGCGGCUGCCGCCUCUUCAGCCCUUCGCGUGCCACUUACUGCGCGUCUCGCCGCCUGCACCUCUUUUAAACGCCGUCCUAUUUCCCCUCUUCCCACCGCCCUCCAGCAGUUCCCGUCGCCUACUAAGAUCGCCCUUAGCUCGACACUACUAGCUCGGAAAUCUACGAAAUUCGCGAACUCGACGAAAUUCUUGUCUUCGUCGCCGGCAUCGCCGCGUCUGCCGGUGCAGCAGCUGCCUGCCGGUCGCCGCUCGCUCGUUGGGGUGACCUCAGCGGCUGCGACGUCUGCUUCUGAUCCGGCCGCCACGUCAGCGAAUUCCGACACGUCAGCGAAUCCCACCGCGUCAGCAGGGCCCGCCAUGGUGCAGACGGCGGUCCAGGAGACGAGCGCGGACGGCGCGUUCAAGCGCACGCCCUCCGCCUUCCGCAGCCUCAUCACCGCGGAUGGGUCCAGCGGCUUUCCCGCCGUUGCUGGAAGGUACCACCUGUACGUUAGCUACGCCUGCCCCUGGGCGUGCCGCUGCCUCAUGACGCUCAAGCUCAAGGGGCUGGAGGACGCCAUCUCCGUGACUGUGGUUGAGCCGGUGUGGAAAAAAACGAGGGAGGGGGAGGACCACUUCGGCUGGCCUUUCGUCCCCCCUGGCGGCACGGCAGUCGUGGAGGGGGCAGAGAGCGACCCCCUGAAUAAGGCUCUGUUCGUGAGGGAUGUAUACGAGAAGGCUGAUCCUUAUGCUGCCAAGUUUAGCGUACCGGUGCUGUGGGACAAGGAGACGGGCACCAUAGUGAACAACGAGAGCAGCGAGAUCAUGAGGAUGUUUAACUCCGAGUUCAACGCCAUAGCCAAGCACCCUCAGGUGGACAUCUACCCCGCUCACCUGCGGGCUGCAAUCGACGAGGUCAACGAGUGGGUGUACCCAUCGAUCAACAACGGAGUGUAUCGGUGUGGCUUUGCCACCAAGCAAGCACCCUAUGAGGAGGCCUUUAAGGAGCUCUUCUCAGCGCUGGGCCGCUGUGAGGACAUCUUGUCUCGCCAGCGCUUCAUCGCAGGGGACACUUUCACGGAGGCCGACAUCCGGCUGUUUGUCACGCUCAUUCGCUUUGAUGAGGUGUACGUGGUGCAUUUCAAGUGUAAUCGCAAUUUCAUCCGCGACUUCCCCAACCUCUUCAACUACACCAAGGAAAUUUUCCAGCUGCCCGGAAUAGCCUCUACAGUAAACAUGGCACAUAUAAAAUCGCACUACUUCCGGAGCCACCCAUCAAUCAACCCCUUUGGGAUUAUCCCUGGGGGUCAGGGUACCGACUAUACCAUGCCUCAUGACAGAAGCAGGUUGCCGGACGUGGCUCUCCCUUGUGGGAAGAUGUGAGUCGCAAGGUUGAAACCACCCGUGUGGGAAGGCUUGAGAGUGAGAAGAUUUGGUGCACAAUUUGACCAGUGCCGAGGUGCCACGUGGCAAACUGUGGAUGAGUGAAAUCAUUUAUGUUCUGUUGAUUUGCU